UUGGUGAAUAUAUAACAGUUUGUGCCUCCGAUUACCAUAAUAUGUAGUAUUAAGAUGGCAAUUGCAGCAGCAGCAGUUUGCUUGGCACAGAGCAGCUACAGGUGGAUCUGAAAUCCGACUUUUGAGAGUUCAAGUUCAAACAUGUUUCGGUGUGUGGUUUGUAAUAGUGUAUGUUGUUCUUUAUGAAACACUCCUGAUUUUAUUACUUUAUUUUUUAUGCUGACUUUAUUAAAAUAAUGAACACAAGAAACUUAUCUCAUGGGAUCUACAAAUCUUUCAGAGAAAUUCCACAUCCUAGAAGUUGGCCUCUACUGGGACAUACUUAUUUGUUUCUUCCAAAGGGACCAUACAAAGUGGAUAAAUUGACAGAAGCAGUGGAAGACUUGAGCAAGAAACUUGGCCCAAUAUUUAGAUUACGCCUAAAUGGUGAAGAUAUUGUAAUAACAGUAGACGCCAAUGAUACACGUACCAUGUAUCAACAUGAGGGGUUGAGACCUCACAGACCUUCGUUCCCUGCUCUUUACUAUUAUCGUAAAAAAAACUUCAACAGUGUUGGAAUUGUUCCAGGGAAUGGAGAUGAGUGGUACCACUAUCGUAAAGCAAUAACACCAAUACUAAAUACAAAGUUAUUGCAGACUUAUUUAGAUAGACAACAUGUUGUAGCUAACAGAUUCACUGAUUAUAUAGAAAAACAGAAAAACGAAGAUGGAACAUUAACUGAUCUCUAUUCACAUUUGUUAAAGUUUUCAAUUGAAGGUAUCUCAAUAUUGUGUCCUGGAAAACUAGUGCCGUGCUUGGAUUCCCAAGAACCACACGUGACAGAAAUAGCUCAAGCUAGCAUCGACUUUAUGGAUGGAUUGUAUCAAACUUUGAUAGAACCCCCUCUUUGGAAAAUAUUCAAAACAAAAGGAUACAAAAAACUGGAGUCUGCACAGGUAACUCUUAACAGGUUGCUAAAAGAAAUUGUGUUAUCAAUGUGUGAGGAACAUAACAAAGGAUCCUUACAAGACCAGCCAUUUAUGGAAGUCUUGCUCAGCAACCAGUCUCUGACCUGGGAUGAUCUCAUGAUGCUUGUUGUGGAAGUUUUCCUUGGAGGUAUUGAUGCAACAUCUACAACUGUGACAUUUACACUUCACUAUUUGUCAAAAGACUCCACCAUACAGACAAAGGCUCGGAAUGAUAAAUCAUUACAAUACAUCCGUGCCUGUUUGAAGGAGACCCUGCGUUUGUCUCCCACAGCUGGAGCAAACAGCAGAUAUUUGGCGAAGGACGCUCUCAUUGGAGGCUACCACAUACCAGCUGGAACUCUUGUAUCAGCAUUCAGCUCCGUCACUUGCCGCAACCCAGAAUACUUUGAGUCACCUGAAGUUUACUUGCCAGAGAGGUGGUUGAGGACCAAACAACAGAGAAACUUGAACCUUCAUCCUUACGCAUCUCUGCCUUUUGGCCACGGUCCUCGAGUAUGUCCAGGGAAACAUCUUGCAAUGUCAGAGAUGGCUGUUCUUAUUGCUGCUAUACUGGAUAAAUAUAUCCUAAAAAGCUGCAGUGAAGAGGACAUUGGAAUGGUUUUUAGAAUGAACAGAAUACCUGAAAAACCUGUAAAUGUAACUUUCUUACCAAUAAAAUAAAGAUGUUGAAGUACAUGGAACAGUACAUGAAAGUUAUAUCAAGUAAUGUGUUAAUGAGAACAGAGGUUCUUCAGAACAGAGGUUACAGAUACUGGAUAAAUAUAUCCUAAAAAGCUGCAGUGAAGAGGACAUUGGAAUGGUUUUUAGAAUGAAGAGAAUACCUGAAAAACCUGUAAAUGUAACUUUCUUACCAAUAAAAUAAAGAUGUUGAAGUACAUGGA